AUGGGCAACGACGACCGACAUCGUCGAAGCUCCGACCGGGAGCGAGCACGUGGUGAACAUGUUGAUUCGCGCAGCGGACAUCCUUCAGGAAGCUCCCGACACGGCGACCGCGAUGACCGCAGGGGUGCCAGUGACAGACGCAGCGGCAGAAAGGCGUCAAAACGAAGCCGCAGCCGCAGCCGCAGCAGUAGCUCGGAUCACCAACGGCGACGGCGAGAGCGGGGGCACAGCCGUAGCCGAUCCCGCGAGCGUAGCCACGAGCGCUCGCGCCGGAAGAGCAGGUGGGGCAAUCACGAACGGCGGCAGCAAGACGCACCGGAAUCAGAGGACAAGGGAGACAAAAUUGCCGAAGAAGAAGAAGAUGCGGCCGAACCCCUGCCCGUCACCCUCUUCAAGGACGAGCUCAUGAAAGCGGUGCGGGGGAGCCAGGUGUUGGUGUGUACGGGCGAGACCGGUUCGGGAAAGACAACCCAGAUCCCGCAGUAUCUCCUCGAGCUCGUGCGCGAAAGGGACGCUGACACAACCGCCUCAGGGGGUAAGGAUAAGGAUAAAGACGAGGGAGUUGCGCUUGACACGCCAGCGCCUGGAGACGGCAAGAGGCCCUCCCACAACAACAAGAAGCUUCUGGUUGCCGUCACGCAGCCGCGGCGGGUGGCGGCGACGAGCGUGGCGAAGCGCGUGGCCGACGAGCGGGGGUGCCGGCUGGGCGAGGAGGUCGGGUACUCGAUCAGGUUUGAGGAUCGCACGGGGCCUCGCACGCGCAUCAAGUACAUGACGGACGGGGUGUUGGUGAGGGAAUGCCUGGAGGACCCUUACUUGAGCCGCUACGGCGUGGUGAUGCUGGACGAGGCACACGAGCGCAGCAUCGACACGGAUAUCUUGUUUGGCUUGCUGAAGAGGGCCCUGGCGCGCAGGCCCGACUUGCGCGCGGUGAUCACGUCCGCCACCCUAGACGUCGAGCGGUUCGCGGCGUUCUUCGAUGGGUGUCCGUUCAUCAACGUCCCGGGCCGCACGCAUGCGGUGGACGUUUACCACAGCAAGACUCGCCAGGUGAUGACGGCCACUGGCCCUGCCUCCCCCCGUUACGUCGAGGACGCGGUUGACAUCAUCCGCAAGGUGCACCGGACCCAGGGCCCUGGGCAUGUCCUGGCGUUUUUCACGGGGCAGGACGAAAUCGAGCGGGCGAGUCGCCUGCUUUCGGAGGCCGUGGCACAGGAGAAGAUAGACCGACGCGCCAUGGGCAUCGAAGAGGAGGCCGACAACGGCGUGAGCGAGAUGAUAGUAGUGCCGCUGUUCGGAGCGUUGUCGGCGGAAGCCCAGGCGGACGCGUUCAAAUCGGCGAGGGCCGGGGUGCGCAAGGUGGUCAUGGCAACCAACAUCGCGGAGACUAGCGUCACCGUACCCGGCGUCCGCUUCGUCGUCGACCCCGGGUACGUGAAGCAGAAGACGUACGACCCCGCGCGGCGGAUGGAAUCGCUCGUGGUGGUGCCGAUCAGCCAAGUGGCGGCGCAGCAGCGGGCGGGUCGGGCGGGGAGAACUGCGCCCGGCCAGUGCUACAGGCUGUACACGCGCAACUGCUACGGGGGGAUGCUGGGCGAGACUGUGCCGGAAAUUCUCCGCACGAAUCUUGCGAACACCGUUCUUUAUCUGAAGGUUCUCGGCGUGGACGACAUCCUGGCGUUCGACUUCCUGGACCCGCCUGCCGAAGACCAAUCCCUGGAGGCCUUGCAGCACCUCUACUGCCUCGGGGCCCUCGAUCAAGACGGCCGCGCCACCGACACCGGCCGCCGCAUGAGCCGCUUCCCGUUGGAACCCAGCCUCAGCCGCACCCUGCUCGAAGCCGGCGAGCUGGGCUGCCUCGAAGAGGUCCUGACCAUCGUCGCGCUGCUAAGCGUAGAGAGCAUCUGGUUUACCAGGAGCAAGGGGGGAGGUGGUGGCGGUGGUGGUGCCGGGAGCGGAGCUCGCGGGAAGCGCGGCGAGCGGGACGAAGAGGCGGAGGCCAGCCACGCCCUCUUCCGGCACCCGCUCGGGGACCACUUCACGUACCUGGCAGUGUACCGCGCCUGGGAAGCGAGCGGCUUCAGCGACGCUUGGGCGAAGGAGGAGUUCCUGCGCGUUCGCGCGCUCCGGACCGCGCGAAGCGUGCGCUCGCAGCUUCUCGGGGAGGUCCGGAAAGCUAGCGGGGGGGGACGCAGGCGAGGAAGGCAAGAGGGGGGCUUGGAGGUGACCAGCUGCGGCCGCGACCUGGACAAAGUCCGCAAGGCCGUCUGCGCGGGGUACUUCACGAAGGCGGGGCAGCGGUGCUCCAAGGAGUGGGUGUACCGAUCCCUGGCCGUGGGCGCCCUGCAGCAGGAAGGCGAUGACGGCGCCGGGCGGUCGGGCUUGACGCUCAUGUACCUGCACCCUACCUCCUCGCUCGUGCACGCCCAGGAGCCGCCGGAGCACGUGGUGUACACGGAGCUCGUCUUCACCGCGAGGCCGUUCAUGCGCCACGCGAUGGCGGUGAAGGGCCGCUGGCUCCGGUCGCGGCUGGAGGCCGUGCGGCCGUGCUCCUCGGACCGGCUCUGUGGCCGAGCGCUGGCGGCAGCGCCGGGGGCGGGGGGAGGCAAAGAGGAGGAGGAGGCGGCGGCUGCGGCGGCGGCUGCUGCUGGCGCUGCAGGACGAACCGCGGAGGCUUCUAGCCUAGCAAAGAAGAACGACGCGAUAGAGGCAGCGCGCGCCCGAUUCUUGGCAAGAAAACGAACCAAGGGCUGA